AUGGGAAAGUGCUCUCUAGCUUCUUUCUUCAUCGCUCGAGCGGACACAAAGGCAGCUUUUGCCGUUGAUAACUACCCUCUAUGCCACUCCGCCCUGCUUGACUCUGGGUCCACCAUCGACAUCUUCAACGAGAUUUCUCGCUUCACCCACUUUAGAAGAGCAACCCCUGGAGACUUCCUUUGGGCAGGAGAAAGCAAGGUGCCAAUCCAAGGCUAUGGCGACGUGGACGUGGAAGUCGAGGACCCUCGAGGACCUCGUCUGCUGCGUUUAACCGAUGCCGCCUACUGUGAAAACUUUGCAUGCAACCUCAUCUCCUACAAACACCUAAAAAGGCAGGGCGUUUGGUGGGACGAAUCCCCCGGCCAGCGAUCAUGCCUUCGAGCAGCCGAUAGACGCAUCCUCGCCUUCGUCCAAGAAGAGCAUGGGCAAUUCGUGCUGGAGCACAUUCCUUACGAUGUGUCAAGGAGAGCGUUCUUCGCCCGACGCAACAAAUUCAGCUCCAUCACCAAACGCCACCCACAGACCGCGACCGCAGAGCUCUGGCAUCUCCGCCUUGGGCAUCCAGGUCCAAGAACCCUGGAGCACCUUGUCAACUGCUCAAGAGGCGUCCGCAUCAAAGGCAUCACCACCACAGGAUGUGAUGACUGCGGCACGGCCAAAUUGAAACGACAAAUUCGAAGGAGCCACGAGAACGCCGCCACCAGGCGAGCGCCUGGCAGUCGACUUCCACGAUCUCGAGCCUGA